AUGGGUCACCGGCCCGAGCUGAAUCGCAACUUUUCCACUUUAUCUAUGCUGGGAUUAGCAUUCGCAGUAUUGAACUCUUGGACAGCUCUGUCUGCCAGUCUGUCUCUCAGCUUAACGUCCGGAGGCAGCACUGGUGUCGUCUGGGGCCUAGUCACCGCGGGGAUAUGCAACUUGUGUAUCGCUGCCUCAUUAGCUGAGUUCCUGUCGGCGUAUCCAACCGCUGGCGGGCAGUACCAUUGGGUUGCAGCAAUCUCUUGGCCGAAAUGGGUGCCGGUGCUGUCAUGGAUCACAGGCUGGGUUAACGUCGCCGGCUGGGUUGCUCUCGUAGCCACCAAUGCUCUGUUAUCUAGCCAACUGAUUCUCGGUAUCAUCUCCGCCACCCACGAGAGCUACGAGCCUCAACGUUGGCACCAGUUCCUCAUCUAUAUCGCCUUCACUCUCGCGUCGUUCGUAAUCAAUGCUUUCUUGAACUCCUUCUUGCCGCUUCUCUACCGCGGUGCCUUUAUCUGGUCUAUUGGCGGCUUUGUUCUCGUGUCAAUCACGGUUCUCGCGUGCGCCUCGCCGAAUUAUAAUACUGCGUACUUUGUGUUCCGCGAAUUCAUCAACACGACAGGAUGGCCUGAUGGAAUUGCAUGGCUCCUUGGGCUUCUCCAAGGUGGCCUCGGUGUUACCGCUUUUGAUUCCGUCGCCCAUAUGAUUGAAGAGAUCCCCAACGCGGCUAUGGAAGGUCCCAAGAUCAUGGUCAUCUGCGUUGGCAUCGGCACCUUUACCGGCGCCAUCUUCCUCAUCGUUCUACUCUUUGUAGCCGGCAACAUCGACGAUGUGAUCAGCUCGGCAGCAGGCCCCUUGCUUCAGAUUUUGAUUCAUGCCACGAGCAACACUGCUGGAGCUAUUUGCCUUCUUAUGCUCCCGCUUGUAUGUCUCAUUUUUGCGACUUUUAGUGUCAUGACGACGAGCAGUCGCAUGAUUUUCGCAUUUGCCCGCGACGGCGGCCUCCCCGCAUCCAAAUUCUUCGCUCGCGUCCAUCCGAGACUCGGCCUUCCUUUGAAUGCUCUCAUUCUUACCUCUGUUGUCGUCAUAAUCUUCGGCCUCAUCUUCUUGGGCUCAUCAAGCGCGUUCAACGCCAUCAUCUCGGCCUCUGUUGUUACCCUCGAUCUUUCCUAUGGCCUGCCGAUCAUGGUCAACUGCCUCCAAGGGCGUAAGAAACUGCCUGAACGAAAAUGGGUGCUACCUAGUUGGUUUGGCUGGACAGCAGACAUCAUCUCGCUGUCGUAUAUCGCGCUCACCACAGUCUUAUUUGUCUUCCCUCCAGUCCUACCUGUUACUGGUAGCAACAUGAACUACUGCAUCGUCGCGUUCGCCAUCAUCAUUGCAAUCUCUCUCUUUCAAUGGAUCAUCGAUGGCCGAAAGAACUUCACCGGCCCUCGCGUCAAUCUCGUCAGUGGGCAAGUUAUAGGAGAGAAUAUUACAGAGAUUGAGAGCGUGCAGGAGGUGGCGCCUACAAGCAAGGAAGCUUGA